AUGAUUGCCGUGAGGGUGUUUGACUUAGCUGCCGGCCCACGCACGGCGAAGAGGGUGCAGCUCGAAAAGGCGGAGACGAUUGCCGCUCAACUCCCCGCAUUCUCAGAGGCCAUUGGUGAGCCGUUAGAAAUUUCUUCUGCCACGUUCUACACGGUUCGGGAGCGCAAGAUUGAUAAGCAGCCGCUUCCCACCGAUGUGCCGCUCGAGGCCGUUGGUGUCACGGACGGCAGUUUUAUCGUCAUUGUGCGAAAAGGUCCCAAGUUAGCGCCAAAACUGGAAGUAAAAAAGGGGGUGCGAGAGUCAAAGGUUGACGAAAUUGCACCUCCGCAAGCCGAGUCUAAUGAACCAGCGAGCAUGACCUCUGUGCCGGAGCAGAAUUCAGCGGCGGCAGACGAACAGGUGGUGCCGGUUGGAGACAGCAGGGAGUACGUUGCUUCACCCGCUGAAAUCCCACAACCCGUGCCAACAGCCGCCCCGUCGGAUGCGAAAGGCCCUGACCGUGAGUCGAUGCUCUCUCUUGUACGUGAGAUGGAGAACGUGAAGCGGGAGAUAGCCUCCUCCUGGGAGAGAUGGAGAGCCGAGUUGACGCAUGAUACCUCAAAGUUUGAAAGGGAGUGUCUCGUGGAGGUCCUGGGGGCAGUGACGAGACUGACGCAGCAACAGGAUGCCGUAGAAAAAGCACUGGGACGUUUGCAGCAGCAUACACAGGACCGAGAGCAGGCGACAUUGGUGCUUUCUUCAAUUUACGAGGUUAAUAAAAAUCUUUUGAAUGAGUUAUCCACGGCGCGUCAGAAAGCGCGUGGAACUGUAGAGGAGAGUUUUGCGGCAAUUAUGAAUCUUCAGGAGAGGAUUGAGGAAAAUUUACGCACACUGGUGCCUGUGAAUUCCCAAAAAGAUUCUAUCCAAGGCACCGUUGCCGCUGCAAGUGGCGUGAAAGGGACCACCUGCCAUUUGGCUACUUCUGCCACGAUGCCUGAGGAGGCAUUCGCCUUGCAUGAGAGUUUAAUUCAACAGUUUUUUUUUGCUGUGGGGCAAGUCACAGUCACUGCAAGUGAAAUGUUGAAUUACUGUGAUAAUCUUACGGAACUUUACACGGCUUUAUCAUUAAAGUACAACUUGCGGCAUACCCCUAUGCAGGAGGCAUUGCAGGGGUACUUGCAUGCGCAUCUACCGCACCUGGCUUCUGCAGCGCCUGUUAUUUGUUACCUGCACGAAGGCCGUGAGGUGGAGUAUGUGGAGAUCGUUACACUCCGCUCGCUUGGCCUUCACUUGAGCUCGCCGCAUACCUGGCUGGAGGUGGCACUACCCUCCACUCUUGAGACACCCGACAUCAGGUAUUACUAUUCCUCAUUGGUGGGUCUUAGCCAGCGGAAGAAGCCAAAAUGGCUGCAGUCUGUGUCCAUCGAGCUAUGCCGAAUUUCUGCGUUAAGCAGUGUUUGUCCCCGGCUCGGCCUGCGUAACCCGCAAUGGACGGAACACGACAGCCAAUCACUGAGCAAAUGGCGUCGAAGCAAAGCCGCCGCACUUCUUCUCUCUUAUCGACCGGAUCUUCGAGGAAACAUGGAUCUACUCUUGGGGUCGUACGCUGGAAGAGAAGAGACACUUCUGAAAUUGAUUAGUGCACGAGAGUUUAUGAGGUAG